AUGACGCUGGCACGUGCCCUGCGGGUGUGGACGGCCCCUAUUGUGCAGCUGCGGCGUCCACAUGAUGGGAUUCGUGGUUUAAUGGCAAAGCGGCGCUUUCAUCGCGGUGAUCUUCUCAUGUCUGUACCGCUGGAUUGUUGUUAUUUCCCAUUCGCCUCGCGUGAGGCACGUCGACUGCGUCGCUGGAAUAGAUCCACACUUUUUCCAGAGAUGCCCUUGUGGCUUCUGCGCCUUUCACCAGAUGCACAAGAGGAGCGGGUCUCACUCACAGCAUCCGUUUCUACAGAAGAUAAUAAUGUAUUGAAUCUUGUUCUCUCACCUGUGGAAGCCGCAUUAGCUAUUUCAGUAGCUGUACGUUAUUUUUGGUGGGAAAUUAUUAAGUUGAAUUCAAAAGAAGAAAAAAGUAAAAGUUCUUCCAUGAUGGGACCUUUAAAAUUUCGUUCUGCAGAUUUAUAUGUUCAGUCACUUCCAAUGAAAGAACAUCUUUCUUAUGGAUUAGAAGGACCAUAUUUAUCUACAAUGGAAGAUGAAGCAAAUCUUCACUCUUGUAUUGAACAAAUAGCUUGGAAUUUGCGAGAUUGUUUACUCUCAUAUGCCUCGCAAGAAGAAUACCGUUUAUAUGACUCUCAUCCUUCAGAGUUAGAUGCGGUUCUUCUUGCCGCAGUAUACGUUGUACGAACACGUUUAUUACGUAUGAGUGUACUUCAUAAUGAUUGUACUGUGCCUGACCGUUCUACUGGUGUCAUUGCACCUGUUGUUGAUUUUUUAAAUCAUAGCGCUUUUAAUUACUCCUGUGCUGCAUGUGUGUCGAUGCGAAAACGUGCGGUUGUUGUUCGUGCGGCGAGAGAUAUUAAUGUGGGAGAGGAACUCACACUUAAUUAUCGUGGUACUCUGAAACAGUUGGGGAAUUCUGAUUUGGUAGGCGAUGGGGAUUGGUGGGAGUCCCGUUAUCUUAUCUCUACAGAGGAGGCAUGA